ACUUUGUCCGUCAUCUUCUGCCGACCAUGGGUAAUAUCUCGCAGGUGUCGCCAAGAGUCUUCUCUCUACUCACCCGCCGCUUUACCACUGCGCUGACAGUUCUGGCAGUGAAGCCAAGUCGAGAAGCAGAUUGGUACCUUCCUGCCGGGUUCCGCCAAGAAGGGGAACUCGCGGCCAAUUAUGAACUUGCUGCUGGAAAUGAGCGUUAUGAGUACUUGAAGCGCUUACUUCGAGAGGAACCAUGGGAGGAUAUGCGACCUCUGGUGAUGAUACGCCGCGGAACGCCGAAAGAUCCGAUCAUCAUCCAAGGGAUUGAUCCUGAACGUUAUAUAGGUUGUACAGGUAUGGUAUCAUCGUAUUUUUUUGAUUAGAGACUACUAUAUGAUGGUCCCGAUUAGGCUUUCCAGCCGAUUCCCAUGAAGUGAUUUGGCUGACCAUAAGGCCGCUGCCGAAGGGCCGUCUCGAUCGCUGUCCACACUGCGGAAAUUGCUACAAAUAUAUACGCAGGCCUCUUGCUGAUCAUUGAAUGCUUCGAUUUGAAUUGCUUACUGAAAGCAUAUGCUGUGGGAUGCAAUCAACUAUUAUGUGUAAAUACUAUUUUUGCAGGCGUUGUAGUAUAGUUGAAUGGAGAGCGUCACUUUUUGAAUGACCCAAACACCUGCACUUGCAUCAUGCCGGUAGACAUUCCCCUGGGCUUCUAAACACGUUUGUGAUGGAAUCGCAU